GCAUUUGCUUGGAGUUGGGAGAUUCGGGGCCCAAGAGGCAAGAGAAGGUAGCGAUGAAAACUUGAAUAUAGGCAUAGGGAGGUGUCAGUGUCAGCGUCUGAGGACGAAUUUCUCAUUCUCGCAGCAACCGAACCAACCCACUCGCGUCUUGUGUUGUGUUGUGGCUGGUUUACGACUUUUCACAAACACCUCUCCUCCAUUUCCAUUCUUCACUCUACUAUAUAAUUCUCUUCCACUUCGCUUCCUCCACCUUCCUUUCUCGUAACCUACGCCUCUCUCUCUCUCUCUCUCUCGCUCUUGUUCUUCUUCCAUCACCAUGACUUUCUCCAUCGAUUCCGUUUCGGUCUUAAACCCUAAACUCUCCCAUUCCCAUUUCUCUCUCCCAUUCAACCGCUUUCCCCAUUCCCUCAACUUCCACCCCUUACUCAAGCCCCGCCCUCUCAACGCCGUCACCCCCACCGGCCUCGCCGCCUGCUUCCUCACCCUCCACCGCCGGAAACCGCUCACCCUCGCUUCCGCAGCUUCGCACCAAGACUCGGAGCACGGAGAGAUUGAAGUGGAGAAGGCUCAGGGUCACGAUGAGGAGCUCCACGCUGGCUCCGAGGAGUCGCAGGAGGCGUGGAAGCAGGUGCUGGACACGGUGAGGGAACAGGCGGUGAGGUUUCAGGGCGUUUCUCAGGAGGCCUAUGAGUUGUACUCUCGGAAGGCCAUUGUCAUUCUCAAGGACACCACGGAGCAGUUGAAGGUGCUGGCGGAUAAGACCAGGCACGAGCUGGGUGUGGCGGCCAAAGAGAUCACUGAAGAAGGGAAAGGGUAUUUGUCCGCCGCUGCUGAGAAUUCGCCUGAGGUGAAGGACAUUGUGGAGACGUUUACCACGCCUUCGGAUGAUAUCCAGAAGUUGUCUGGAGUCAGGGACUUCUAUGUUGGUGUGCCGUAUGGUUUGCUGCUUUCUCUUGGUGGCUUCCUUGCCUUUAUGGUAACAGGCAACAUCUCAGCCAUAAGGUUUGGGGUGAUUUUAGGUGGUGCCCUCCUGACUUUGAGUAUUUUAAGUCUGAAAUCAUAUAAAAGAGGGCGCUCCUCUCCUCUUGCUUUGAAGGGCCAAGCUGCUAUAGCAAGUAUAUUGUUUCUGCGGGAGAUAAGCUCACUAGGCAAAGGAUCGUCUUAUUUCACUGCCUUGAUCAGUGGUGCAGUGGCGUCAUUCUAUGUCUAUAGAAUAUUACUGGAACGUAAUCAACAAAAGGGCUCAAACUUGGAAACUGAAUCAGGAAACUAGUUUUAUGAAAAGUGUAAAAAAUUGAAGAUCUGCGUGAAGAUCAGGUAGAAAACUGGAGAUUUGCUUGAAGAUGGUCAGAGUAAAUUUUGGUGAUCAUUUUUUUACGUAGUUUUUAACGGGCUGGGUCAUCAAGACCAAAGACACACUGCUGAGGAUUAUGGUUUUAUACCUGGAAAAAUGGGGCUUGAGGAGUCUGGGUAUAAUUUCACCUGUAGUUUCAUGUUUAGUUGUGGUUUUUCUGGAAAAUUACUAAUAUAAUACGAAUAACCUCUCUGAGGUGAAAUAUUACUAAAAUCUAGAUAUAUUUUAACCUUUUUGGGCCUUCUCUGUCUUUGUCAGCAUUUCCUUAAUCUCCCUAAUCUGGUUUGAGCUGCAGACGGUGGCUUGGGGAGAGUAACCGUGACAGGUUAUAGAUUCUAAUAUACAAGUUAGGAAUUCAAUGUUGGAGAAAAAAUUAGAUGUGUUCUUUAGAGCUUUGUCUUAAACUUGCACUUUUAAAACAUUAAAAUAGGUACUAGCUCCCUGUAUUUCUCACCCACGAAAGUGAAAUUUAAAAACUGACAGUUGCGUAA